AUCCCAGUUCCAACUCCAGCAACACCAGAACUUUUUACAGAAUCAGUCUUCCUCACAGAUUGAACAAGUAGAUCUGAGUCGACAGUCUAACUCCCAGAACGUUUCCCAUAGCACUCCAACUUUCACAACUGUGGCUACUGCUUCUACCAUUGCAACAUCAGAGACCAAACCUAACCAGCGACAACUGCUUCAGCAACACUUGCAACAGAAAAUACAACGACAGCAGCAACAGCUAGGGGCCUCAAAUCUUUCCAAUGCUGUUUUGUCAGCAGCAGUUAAAGCCAACCUUGCCACUUUUCUUCACACUGUUUCGACCUCAACAACCAGUGUUAUCGAAAAGCCAGCCGCAAGUCACACUGUUUCACCAAGCUGUACCUCAACAACUACUAGUGUCCAGCAAUCUGUCGUGAGCUUUCCAUCAACAUUCCCAAAUGUAACCGCUGUUGUUCUGUGUCCUUCUACUUCAGUGAUGAGUGACCCAGUUUUAACAACUGCUAAGCCACGAGCAAACUCAUUACCUAAUGGGUUGAUUGACAAGAGAAAAAUGUCCUUACCCACUGUUGACACAAGACUGACAAGCAAACCUUCACCAUCCAAGAAAAAUUCAGAACCACCUCCAGACUACAAUGAAGCAACAAAACAGUUGAACAAAUCUAAGCAGAAUCAUUCAUAUUCAGCCAUUAUCAAUAACAACUUUCAUUCUGGCCCAAAAUCUUUCCAAAGUCAAGCUGUUGAUGACGUUCUUGACAUCUUGAUUAAAAACGGAGAACUGCCACCCAGUGCUGCCCAAGAACCAUAUAUUUCAACUGUUCUUCAGUCUCUUGGCAAAUCACAUCCAUCAACAUUUGCAGUGGUCACCACAUCUUCGGCAGUAUCUAUGGUGACCAUUCCACCAUCUUUAUUAAGCCAAGAAACUUCUCCAGUACAAUGUCAUCCAACUACUGCAUCACCUCCUACCGUCAGUUCAACCACCAGUCCACCGUCCACAGUGUUAAAUGAGACAGGUCACAAUGUUAAUCCAAGCCUGGACUUUGAUCUUCACUUAGACUUGGAUGGCUUUGGGGGUAUGGAGCUUGAUGGAUUAGGACUUGGUGAAGAACACAAAAUGGAUCCUGAUGAUUGUUACAUUCAGCAGUCAGCCCAGAUCGCCACACAGCCUAACGUGACCUUGCAUGACCCAGAAAUGGACACCGAACUGACGGAAUGGCUCGACUCCGUGAUGCCCGUCACGAGUACAGUGAUUCCUUCUAUUACUCAGUCUCUGUUCAGUGGACCGAAUGACCAUGACCCGCUUCUGUCUACUAUGUGUAAUUCACAUGACCCUUUUGAAGAAAUGGACUGCAAAACUCCAACUUUGAUGUGGGAUUUUGCUACAUAAACACAUUUCUGUGAUAAGAAGUGGUCCAGCUUUCUUUUUUACCUCUUCUCAACCACGUACUGAUUAUGAUACUUUUAAAAUGUUAGCUUUGGGCUUUGUAACAACCAUGUGGUCAAGAUAGGUAAAAAAAUUUACAAAUUGAGGACCAAUAUAUCUACCAUUGUGGAAAUGAUAAUCCUGAACCAAGUGUUGUGAAUACGUAUACAAUAAAAAACAAACCAGCAACCUGAAGUAGACUCUCAUACUUAUUGUCAGUGUGGUGAAAAUGUUGUGUUUCCAAAGCCUUUUAUCUAUGAUUGUUAAGUAUUGUACGUACUUCUGUUAAAUUGUUUGUAUUAUCUUGUAACAUUUUAAAUUUGCUUCAAGUGUGUGUGUG